AUGAGCGUAUAUUUGGUUUGUCAUGCAGUGUUCAACUACCAGCAAGGGAGCCACAACGUGUUCAAAGUGAACGGGACAGAAUUCAAGCAGUGUUUAAAGCCACUUGUUGGUGCUCCAUUUACCUCAGGGAACGACGAGAUUGAACUCGACACUGCCGGCAGGAAAUGGUACAUCUGCGGCGUCUUCGGUCACUGCAUCGCCGGUCAGAAGCUCUUCAUCACUGUCUUCGAACGAUCUGCCGCUCCGGCACCUACACCAGUCUCGCUAUAA